AUGUCUAAAGUAGUGUACUGUAACAACUUUGUUGCUGUUAAGUUGGAACAACUGAGGGAUAUUUGUGUCAAGGUGGAAGUUGCUGGGAAAAAUGAUGUGUUCAUAAACUUAUAUCCCACAAAUCCCACCCCAGAUCCCGAAUGUCUCACCCAGGAUCCCAACAUUUCCACCUGUGAUCCCAACUGCCCCUCCUGUGAUCCCAACUUUCCUGCCCAGAAUCCCUACUGUCCUGCCUGGGAUCCCAACUUUCCAACCAGAGAUCCCUACUGUCUUACCCAGGAUCCCAACUGUCCCAGCUGGGAUUCAUACUGUCCCGCCUGGGAUGCCUACUGUCCCACCCAGGAUCCCAACUGUCCUGCUCGGGAUUUGUACUGUCCCACCUGGGAUCCCAAUUGUCCUGCCUGGAAUCCCAAUUGCCCCUCCCGGGAUCCCAAUUGUCCCGCCAGGGAUCCCAAUUGUCCCACCCAGGAUCCCGGCUAUCCCACUUGGGAUUCCAACUUUCCUGCGCGGGAUCCCGGCUAUCCCACCUGGGAUCCCAACUUUCCCGCCCAGGAUCCCACCUAUCCCGCCCGUGAUCCUGCCUAUCCUGCCCAGGAUCCCAGAUUAAGUUUUACAUGGGAUUCCAUGGAUACGUUCUAG